GGAGAGAGAUAAAGAGGAAUGGGAUCGGCGGGGGAGUGGCUGGAGAAGGCGCUGGUGGAAUUGUGUUCGAAGAUAGAGACGGGAUUGGGUUUGGGUUUGGAUGAAGAGAUUAUAAAGGGACUUGUUUCUUACUGUGACCUUGCUGAGCCUCGCGAUGCUAAGGAGUACCUUGAUAAUAUAAUUGGUCAGGAAGCCGGGAAGCCUGUGAUUGAAGAAUAUUUAAGACGGAGGGGUCACUUAGAACUCACAACCAAAUCCAAUGUUCCAACUGCCCAAUUGCAUGCCUAUGUCAAACCUUCAGUUGAGGCAUCUGCAGGUGGAAGUAAGAAAUCAUCGAGAGCACCAAAAGCAGUUACAGUCCAAAGAAGUAAUGCCGAACCCAUCAAGAAUGCAGUUCCCAGCAAUCAGAAAAAUCAGGUUCCAACUUCAGGCGGUGAAUCGAGUACAUCACAGAAAGGAAACCAAGGGAAUUCCAAAAAGAAGAAGGCUGGGAAAGCCAUUUCUCUUGCCGAGGCAGCCAAAGGGUCAAUUGUGUUUCAGCAGGGAAGACCAUGCUCUUGUCAAGCUCGUCGUCACAGGCUGGUCAGCAAUUGCUUAUCAUGUGGCAAAAUAGUUUGUGAACAAGAAGGAGAGGGGCCUUGCCAUUUCUGCGGCGCACUUGUGUUGAAAGAGGGCAGCUCGUACGCUGGUCUGGAAGAAACAUUGCCCCCCUUAUCGAAUACCGAAGCUGCUGCUGAAGCUUAUGCAAAGAGGCUUGUCGAAUAUGAUCGAAAUGCUACUGCUCGUACAACUGUUAUCGAUGACCAAAGUGACUAUUAUGAGAUUGAUGGAAACAGUUGGUUGUCAAAGGAGGAGAAAGAGAUGUUGAAGAAGAAACAAGAGGAGAUGGAAGAAGCUGAACGAGCCAAACGGAAUAAAGUGGUUGUGACUUUUGAUCUGGUUGGACGCAAGGUUCUUCUGAAUGAAGAUGAAGUUUCAGAACUAGAGUCUGACAAUAGAAUACUACGUCCACCAAAUGAAAAGGAAGUGAACCGUAUCAGACCAAAUCCAAGUCUUAGAGUACAGCCCAUUUUUGUAGACCUAGGAUUCACUAAGAAGCAUACAAAAGAUAGGCAAACAAACAAAGGCGUAAGCAACAGUUUGUGCCUGGAGAUUACUGGGAGGGUGCAACAUGAAAGCAAUGACAUGAAGUAUUUUAUGAUGGACAACCAAUUGGCAGCAGCAGCUUCAAGUGAAAAUUUUUGGAAAGCAUCUUCUGCAAAUGGAGUAUACGAUAGUGAUGAUGGUGAAUGUUUUAGGAGUAACCAAUGAACUGAAUUAUAUGUAGCUUUUGCAUACUUCAGUCUAAGCCUUUUGGAUUCUACGAAGGAAAGGAAGUAAAUGAAGAUGAGAAUUUUAGGCAGAUCUUUUAAUACCACCAGGAUGACACUAUCAAUCUAUACGUGUUAUCCGUUUCUAUUUUAGAUUUUGCGGUGUGACUUUUUUAGUGAAGUAAAUUUGCAUGACUAGCGUACACCGUGAUUAGCAAUGAAAUCAGAAGGGCCAGUGGUGUUUGAACAACUGAAAAAACAGUGCAACAGAUUGUUAGAUGUUUUGUUGUUCUGUUUAAUGCUAGCCUAAAUUAUUUAUUAAGAACGCUUGUUAAAGGUACUAUAAUGGUAAGUUUUCAACCAAAUUUACUAUUUAUUUCACAUGCA